UCAAAACCUUCAACUACAAAUCUUAUCUCAUUAAUUCGUAUUGGCUAUUUACCAAAUUCUCCAAAAGAAAAAAAAAAUGGCAGACCUUACUGUCAUUAAAUUUGUUACACUAGCGAGCUUACUGAUGGGAUUGUUGUUCGGCUCUGUCAUGGGUCAGAAUUGAAGUUGUGCACCAAACUUAUGUUGCAGCCAGUUUGGAUACUGUGGUAGUGACAUGGCUUAUUGUGGUCGUAACUGUCGUUCAGGGCCUUGUUUCGGAAGCAACCCUAGCCCUGGCGGUGGUUCGGUUGCGAAUAUCGUAACAGAUGGGUUUUUCAAUGGAAUUAUUGACCAGGCUGCUGAUAAUUGUGCUGGGAAGAAUUUCUAUACACGUAAUGCAUUUCUUGAAGCAGUUAAAUCGUACCCUAGUUUCGCAUCUGGGAGUCAAGAGGCUGCAAAACGUGAAGUUGCUGCAUUCUUUGCUCAAGUAACUCAUGAAACUGGAUAUUUCUGUUACAAAGAAGAAAUUAACGGUGCAAGCGGGAACUUUUGUGAUAAAAACAGCCCAGGAAAUCCAUGUAAUCCAGGCAAGCAGUACUUUGGCCGGGGACCGAUGCAAUUGACGUGGAAUUUCAACUAUGGACCUGCUGGAAGAAGCAUUGGUUUUGAUGGACUUAACGCACCUGAAACUGUAUCUAAUGACCCAAUCAUCUCGUUCAAGACGGCUUUAUGGUUUUGGACAAACAACGUCCAUCCAGUCAUCAACCAAGGAUUUGGUGCUACAACCCGUGCCAUUAAUGGUGCUUUGGAAUGCAAUGGUAGAAACCCUGGUACAGUUCAGACUAGGGAAAAUUACUAUAUCAGUUAUUGCAAUCAACUAGGUGUUUCACCGGGAGGCAACCUAUUGUGCUAAGAGAUUGUCAGUGACGGUAAAACUACAAAAAUGUAAUCUUUGAUUUGGUUUAAAUAAAGGGAAGAGUAAGAUAAAGACAGAAUAGUGUCUUGGUCGGUU